UUAUGGGCUCCUCCUUCGCUGAACCCACACCAGAGAAAAAUAAUAAUGAGCAAUCAUCAAACUGUGAGAUACAUUAUCUUUCCUGCUUUUCUUUAUGUGUUGAAGCAACUGGAGCCAUGGUGUGAGCUUAAAGACAAGGUGGUUCUUGUGACUGGAGCUUCCUCUGGUAUAGGUCGAGAGAUCUGUCUUGAUCUGGGCAAAUCUGGCUGUAAGAUUAUUGCAGCAGCUCGUCGUGUCGAUCGUCUCAGAUCUCUCUGCUCCGAAGUCAACAGCUUCAGUAAAACCGGAAUCCUAUUGGCCGCACCACUCGAGCUAGACGUUUCAUCAGACGCAGCCACCAUUCAGAGAGCGGUCAAUGAAGCGUGGCGAGUCUUUGGAAAGAUCGAUGUGUUGGUCAACAAUGCUGGAAUCAGAGGAAGUGUCAAGUCGUCUUUGGAACUCCCCGAAGACGAGUGGGACAGAGUCUUCAGGACCAACUUAACCGGACCUUGGUUAGUCUCCAAACACGUCUGCGGUUUAAUGCGCGACGCAAACCGCGGUGGCUCGGUGAUAAACAUCUCGUCGAUCGCCGGGCUGCACCGCGGUAUGUUGCCAGGCGGCGUCGCGUACGCUAGCUCCAAGGGAGGUGUCGACACCAUGACGAGGAUGAUGGCUGUGGAGUUGGGUGUUUACAAUAUCAGAGUCAACUCGAUCGCACCGGGGCUUUUGAAGUCGGAGAUCACGCAAGGCCUUAUGCAGAAAGAGUGGCUCAAGAACGUCAUCGAGAGGACUGUACCGUUGAAGGUGCAACAGACGGUGGAUCCGGGGCUUACCUCUAUCGUUCGCUAUCUCAUUCACGACUCUUCUCAAUAUAUCUCCGGUAACACGUAUAUUCUCGACUCCGGAGCUACAAUUUCCGGUGUUCCGAUUUAUUCUUCUCUCUAG